AUGUCAGAACCAUCAACUUCAGGUAUGUCAACUUGUUAUAGUUUCAUCUUGUCUUUAGAAGAUAGAAAAAGGCCAAUGGAGACUAAAAAGGCGAGGACUUUUGAUCUCGAAGCUAUGAUGUCUCAAACUUUGGCUAAUGCGCCUCAAUAUAAACAUGAUGAGCAGCAGAAGAGCAAUAUUAUACUUGACGUUGGGGAGAAUUCAGAAAAAGCGCGACAAGGAAUCGAGAAAAUUACAAUUCCAGAGGUAAGACAUGAACAAUAUUGAUGUUUAUUUAAAAAAUCGAAUGUUUUUAGAGGGUUUACUGAUUUUAAUUUAUAAAAAUGUUUUUUACUAAACUACUUUUGCUAAAUUUAUGUUUUUACUAAGAUUUAUUAUUUAAACGAGCUCAAAUUUAGGAAAUUAUGUUAGUCUAUCAAACUGCUUUCAGAAACAACAAGCCGCAGAAGAAGAGUCUGAUGAUGAUGCUGGGCCAGCAUUACCUCCUGGGUUUCAGGUUGAUAAGUCAAUGAUUGUUGCAGAUCCUGAAGCUGAAAGAAAAAAGUUACGGGAUGAAGAAGAGAACUCGGAGGAUGAAUAUGAUGAAGCUGUAAGUUUCUGGACUUUUUUUUGGUUUUUAGGUCUGAAAUGAUGGAAGGUUAAUAGGAAUGUAAAGCAGAAGGAUUUUAAGCAGGUUUUUUUCGGCUAAAAUGAAUUACAAGGCUUUUUACAUUGUUUUAUGUAUCUUUUAUAUCCAAGUUACUAUUGAUAAGCAUGAAUUUUUCGAAUUUUAUGGAGUACAUUAUAAUUUUCAAAAUUUUGUAGUUUUUUUGAUGUAAAGAGGACAAAAAUAUUUUUUUUAUUGCUUAAUAUAUUGUUUUAGUUGAUUGUAUCCACGUUAAUACCAGCUGAAAGCGAAGUAACAAUAAAAUCAGGUGUGGACAAAGCUGUAACAGCUCUAGCCAUUGAUGCUCAAGGUUGUAAAUUUGCGAUUGGUACCCAAGGUUACACUGUAAAUCUUUACGACUAUCAGAAGAUGGACAAACUCUUAAAACCAUACCGAGAUCUGAUGCCUGCCGAAUGUCAUGUCAUAAACAGUUUGGCUUAUAAUGUGAAUGGAGAGAAGUUGUUGAUAACAACCGGUGAGGCGAUACUCAGGAUUUUGGACAGGAAUGGUCAGCAAUGGGCCGAAACUUCGAAGGGUGAUCAAUAUCUUGUAGAUGUUAACAAAACCAAAGGACAUACGUCGGCUGUGAAUGCGGGAUGCUGGCAUCCUUAUAAUAAGCACGAGUUUAUGACUUGCUCGGAUGAUGGGUAAGUUUGUUUUUUUUUGUUAUUAUGUUAUAGUUUUUUUGUUUAGUUGAUUUUCAAAUUGCGUUUUGCUUUAUAUUGUUGUAGCUAGUAGGUGUACCUUUUUUCGAUUAAUUAUUGGCUUUAGAUCUUUGUUUUUUAGCUUCAAUUUAUUAAAGUAUUACCUAAAAAGCAUUUUUAAUUAUUUUGACUAUCUUUAUGUGCAAAUUUUUAGCACGAUCCGUCUAUGGAGCACGGAAGACUUUAAAGAAGUGACAAAGUGCAUCAAUACCCAGAAGAAGGUGAUUCGCUGUCGAAAUGCUGGUGGCAAGAAAGUCAUACCUAAUUGUUGUGCAUACUCACGAGAUGGCAAACUGAUUGCAGCUGGUUGUGAUGAUGGAAGUAUUCACAUUUGGAAACAUGGUGGUUUAUAUGUAAAUACCCAGUAUCUGAACAGAAAAGCCCAUACAGCUACGGUGACGUCAAUGCAGUUCUCAUUGGAUAACAAGAAGUUGAUCAGUAGAUCAAGUAAGUUUUUUCGGGGUUUUACGGAAUUUCGAUUUCUAUUUUUUAGGCCGAAGUUGAGGUUUUGGGGUUUUGCAGCUUGCAGAGGACAUUUUAUACGAAGGGUUGGAAAUUCGGAUUUCGAAACUUUUUCUAUGUCUUUGUGUGCGUUAUUUAUAAUAUAAAUUUUAUUCUUUGAAGGUAUCAAUACCACUGAAUUUUUGCUUUUGCAGGCUGCGGGGGACAUUUUAUACGAAAAACGAGGUUUUUUGUUAGGCUUUUGUAUUGGAUAUUCAAUAUAAAUAGUGUGGUUAGAAAGCUGUUUAACAACGUUUAAGACGUUUUGUCAUUAAUUUUUCUACUUUCAGUGGACGGAACGCUGAAAAUCUGGGAGUUGGCCAAGUUCAAAGAGCCAAUAUUGGUCAAAGACGGAUUGGAUACCGCCUUUCCACAGUAAGUUUUUGAGUUUCAUGGAGGGUUUUGAGGUUUACUUUGAUGUCGAAUUCUGGUAUUGGUGUUAGGUUGUUCAAAUAGUACUGAGUCCUCUCUCAAAGCAAAUUUUUGGGGUGGCGGAGCUCAGAAUUAUAUGAACUAGCUAAUAGUUAGAAUAAGCUACUGGAAAGUUAGUUUAACGUGUAGGAUGGCUAGUAUUGUGAUAAAUGUAGGAGCGUCUAAAAGGCGUCUCUGCAUGACUUGGAAACAUGAUUUUGGGGUUUUUUACUUGCUCAUUUUGGCUUUGUUUGUCUUUGUUAGGUCAUUUUCGUGGUGUUUUAGUUGAUUUUCUAUUACAAGAGCUUAAGGAAAUAGAUUUUUAUCUUGUAAAUGCUAAAAAUAUUUUUUAAAAAAUUUGAUUAAAAAGUGGGCAAAACAGUUUUUUUUUUCAAGCUUUGGCUAAAAAAAGGCUUUUUGACCAACUUUUUUGUGUAAAACUUGAUGUUUCGACAAGAUUUUUAAAAUUUUUGCACGUUUUUAAAGAAAUUUCAUAAUAUUUUUGAAAUUUUAUAAGCUUUACGAUGUUAUUAUUACUUUUAGCACUGACCUUGGCUACAGCCCGGACACAAACUUUAUCUACACGGGCACUCAAACUCUGAAGAAAGGUGGAUAUUCUGGAUCUCUGCUCUUUUUCGCAUCAGAAAACCUCGAGCUACAAUACAAGAUUGAGUACGAGAACGAAGGAUGUGUGAAAAUAGUAUGGCAUCCGAAGAUUGAACAGAUUCUGGUGGGUCUAACGAAUGGCAAUGUCAAGAACUACUACGAUACCAAGUUCAGUCAACGAGGCGCCAGAUUGUGUGUUGAUAAGCAGGUCAGAAGGCCAAGAGCUACUGAGGUUGUGAAGGAGGAAAUGAUCUUGGCACGUAAGUGGUUUUGGAUUUUUGGGGGUAUGGUACUCAUUCUUAGCUCUGGUCGUAGUCGUAGCCUCUACUGGAUUUUAAAAAGGUUUAAAAAUCGAAUUUUUUGAAUUGUCCUCAAUUUUUUUACUUACAACAGCAAUAACAAUAUAUAUUUUCAGCGCUGGCCCUGGAAAUGUUCCAAGCCAAAGGCGAAGACGCCGAAGAGAAAGAAGUCACUGAAUUCCGCCUCAAAAAGUACCUCAGGAUCUACAACAACGCUCAGCGCCCUAACUUCCGCACCCCAGCCGAUAUCCCUAAAGAUGGCCCGGGACAAGGUGGCCGAGUUGCUGCCGCCGGCUCUACAUUACAUUCGUAUGUUGCUCAACAGUUGGGAGUGAACAGGAAUAAGGAGUUCAUCGGAGACGACGAUGUUCGUCAAAGCAUUCUGAGACACGCUGAAGAAGCCGAGAAGAACCCAUUGUAUAUCAACAAGGCCUACUAUAAGACGCAGCCCAAGCCAGUGUUUCAGGCCGACAAUUCGGACGAUGAGGGAGAUGGACAACCGGUGUUUAAGGCUCAGAAGUUGGGUUAG